AUGGUACAUCCUCCUCUGGUGAUCUGCUUAGUGUAUUACUCUUCUUUCCACACUUGUGGAAGCUGUCAGAACAACAUCCAACUCUCUCAACAGCAGGCAAAAGAAGAUAAAAAAGCUGAAAAGGUUGAUUUCCGACGCGUAGAAGAAUUUUGUCACUGGUUCUUUGAACUUCUAAAUUCUCAGAAUCCCUUUCUGGGACCACCUCAAGAUGAGUGGGGGCCACAGCACUUUUGGCAUGAUGUCAAGCUUAGGUUUUAUUACAACACAUCAGAACAAAACGUGAUUGACUACCACGGAGCGGAAAUGGUCAGCCUCCGUUUGCUGUCACUAGUGAAAGAAGAGUAUCUGUUUCUGAGCCCCAACCUGGAUUCGCGGGGACUCAAGUGCGCUUCCUCGCCGCAUGGGCUAGUUAUGGUUGGCGUUGCAGGGACUGUCCACCGAAGGAACUCCUGCUUGGGUAUUUUCGAGCAGAUAUUUGGACUCAUCUGUUAUCCUUUUGUGGAAAACACUUGGAAAAUCAAAUUUUUCAACUUGAGAAUUGUUGGAGAGAAUUCCCUUGGUCCUGGAUCAUCACAAAAACCUGCAGUUACGUUUGAACAGAGUGUUCUAGAGGCCUUUUAUGAUACCAUCACUGUAUGUGGUACGACCGAAGUACAGGACGUACAAGUUAAUGUAAAGCAGGCACUGGAUAGUGGAGAUGGCGACCAAGCUUUAUGUGGUGGAAAUGAGGUGUUGUUGGGCAAAAGAGAACUGAGUUUACCUGACUCUCUAACACAUUGAUCACCGUAUGUCAGCCUAAAAAAUUUAUACAUAAACUCUUCCAAAAACUCAGUCAUGUCAAAGCGAUUUCAGAUGUGGAGAUCGACAUAUUUUAGUUGGCAAACCUUUCUGGACUGCAGACUGGCACAUUACAUGAAUCCUUGGCUGUUUCUGAGUUACAGUAGAUGUUAAGAGAGCCUAAUACAGUUCAUCAAAUAAAUCCCACUUUAGGUGUUGUAGUUAACUGUGUGCCUUAGAAACCAGGUAAUAAUUUCAUUUUACUUAGUGACUAUUCUAAUGAUAAUACUUUGCUUGUAGGAAGGGAUUCAUCGUGUCCAAGGCUUCCCCUCAGAAUGCUUCUCAAUAACUUUUUCUUUACAUAUUUCAGGAAGCUUUUUCAGUUAUCUGCACAAGCUAAAUUUCUUAAAGUUGGGGCAGUGAUAAAUGCUGUUCUCAAAGCAAUGUUUGUUUUACCUAUAUUUCAGCUAACAGUUUUAUAAUGCAUAUAUUGCAACACCAUAUAAAGGAACUAUACUGUUGAAAUUUUAAAAGUGUGCCUCUUGCUUAACGUUUAAAUGAAUUACUGUUCCUCUUGAUUGAUCUGUGGGGUGACCAAAAAAAAAUAAAUUGAAAACACCUCACAAAUUUAUAAUGUGAGUAUGCACAUCCACUCAAUAUCAUGACAGAAUUACAACUUUGUCAUCUCUAAUUCGUGCUGUUAGGUUUGGGUUAUACAAUUGAUUUACCAGAUUAACUUCACAAUUUCUUUAAGUAAAAAUUUUUCAUCACACAGUAGCUAUGUGCUGAAACUGUAUGCAACUGAUAUUAGUUUUUAUAAAUAUCACUUGGAAAAGAAAUUCUGCUGGAAAAUGUUGGUUGGUAUGUUUUCCAUGUUAGUUUUUACAUUUAACUCUGCUUCUGAUCUUGGGGGAUUGGUAAGACUCAUCUUCUUCUUUUUUUUAAUUCUGUGCCUCUUAUGAGGAGAACAAAUAAAUAUUUCCUGAAAUAAGAAGUUAAUAAAGGAGGGAAUUCCCUUUUGUUUG